ACUAUAGUUACAAGGCAAUACAUGGUAACCAUGUCUGAAUGUGUUGAGAGUAGUUUAGCAGAAUCCUACUGUUAUUCAGACAUUAUGAAAGCCAGGAUUGAAUGUCUCAUUCAUGAGUCAAAGAGUUUCUUGUCUAUCCAAAAGCCUGAGCAGGCAAUUAAGCGAAUUAACCGUGCUCUUGUCCUUAAUCCUCGAGAUCCAUAUCUUUAUCAGUUAAGAGCUAAAGCACUGUUUCAGAGUAAGGAUUACAUAUUAGCUAUUCAGAAUAUAACAAAGGCAUUACGUCUUGCUCCAUCUGAUCACUUAUUACAAGAAAUGUUAGCUGUUACUCAUGGCUGCUAUGCUGACACUUUGUAUGAUCAAGGGUUGUAUGAAAAGGCAUUGGACCAUUAUAAUGUAGUUUACAAUGUUUUACCUCACUAUCUUAUCAAAUGUAUAUCUUGCUACAUUCAUUUGAAGGAUUACCAACCAGCAAUGACACUUUUAAAAACUAAAAUAUCAGAUGAUGUACCAAACAAAGUCGACUUAUUGCUAAUGAGAGCAAAGCUUCAUCUUCUCUUCGGGAAUGCUACAAAAUGUUAUUGUGAUGUUCAAGCUGCAUUGCAAUUUGAUUCAUCUUCUAAAGAAGCAAUUGAAUUAAGAAAUGAGCUUGAAAAAAGAACAAACAAUGCACACAAACAAGCAUUGCACUUUUGCCUAAUGGACAGAAGAAAAGAAGCAUUGUUUAAAAUAGAUGCUGCUAUUGAUUCAGAUCCUCACAAUGCUAAACAUCAUAUUUUAAGAGGUGCUUUGCAGCGUAAACUACAUUCCUACAAUGAAGCCAUUGAUGAUUUUUUAACUGCAAUGAAUAAAAUUGCUCAUAACUAUGAAGAUCCAAUAUAUCAACAAGCUUCGAAACAACUAGUAUUAACUUAUAACGAAUUUGCUGUGAAUUGUUUUAAAAAUGGCUUUUUUAAUGAAGCUCUAACCUUAUUAAACAAGGCCAUAAAAGAAGACAAAAGUGAACCAGGUUUAUACAUUAACAGAGGAGAUUGUUUUUAUAAGCAAAGUCAGUACGGGUUUGCAUUGGCUGACUAUCAAGUUGCAUAUGAGUUGUCAUUGAGUGUCAGUAGCGGCCUUCACUAUCGUCUGGCUGUAGUUCACUAUACACUUGGUAUGAUGGAUUUUGCUCAGAAGGUGCUGUCAUUGGCAGAAGAUCAUUUUACAAUGGCACUGUUCCACAGUCCUCAUACAGCAAGAUUCUAUACAUGCAGAGCUAGAAUACGAAACGAAAGAAAUAAAGUGUCUGAAGCACAAGAUGAUAUUAUUUUAUCACUUUUGUUGCAUCCUGAUGACACAGAAUGUUUGCCACUUGUUUCUCAGAUAUUUCCUGGGUGUUCUGUACAAGAUUUAGUGCUAAGUAAUCAUGCACAACAGCUAAAAGAUUUACUGUCAUACAGCUCAAGAGAAAGCAGUUUGCCAAAAGAAAAUACUGUAACAAUGAGCAAGUCUAGUACUUACAUCAGUGAACUUUUAGAAGGCAUUACAGUUCUUGCUAAAUCUUUUAGUGAACCUACAUGCAAGCCUGACGCUAUUAAUUCUCAUAGCCUGCUUCCUGCUCAGAAAAAUCUACAUGUACAUGUAAGUGGAUGGACAAAAAUAGACAAGACAUUAUCAAAUCUACUGAAAUUCACUGACACCUCAUCUCUACAGCAUUGUAUGGAAGAAACAGAUUUUCAUGCCCUACUUUUGUAUACGAAAAAAAAAUGUACAAAUGAAGUUCAUAAGAUACUGUAUGGAUCUCCAAAUUUUCCAGAUUUACCACCAAAAAUAAUUAUGCAACAAGAAACAUAACAAUGAAAAUUAAUUAAUAAUAAAUUAUUAGUAUUGCAUGUACAUGUAUCUAAUGUUUUUCUAUCGUGUGUUUGUUUCUACUUUUUAAAACUAA